UCAGCAGUGCUGCAGCGCGCACUGCACGGCGUCAGGCUGGUAACGGGGCAGAUAGGCGGAGAAGCCGUGUUUCGCCUAUACAUGCUCGUGGGGCUUGCUGUAGCCCACCUCGGGAAGGGAAAGUACUUAGGCCGCCUGGCAUCUCGUCCGUCUUCAAUCUCAUCUCGCCAUGGAUAAGGAGAACGACAUUCGCGUGACGGUGUCCCGCCCGUCCAUCGACAAGCGGGAGGUCGACGUCGCGGAGGACCGCGUGCGCGCGCACGACGAGUUCACGCAGGAAGAGUACUCGCGUUUGACCCGCAAAGUCGACUUCAUCCUCAUGCCCAUGCUCAUGAUUCUCUACGGCCUGCAGUACAGCGACAAGACGUCUCUGUCCUCGGGCGUCGUCUUCGGCCUGAAGGAGGACACGGGGCUGACGACGCAAGAGUUCGCCAACCUCACCUCGUUCUUCUACAUGAGCUAUGCGCUCGCGCAGUAUCCUAUGGCGUACCUCCUCCAAAAGUUCCCGCUGGGCCGCGCGCUCGCGGUGUGCACGAUCAUCUGGGGCGCGAUGGUCAUGUGUCUCGGCGCAUGCAACAACUACGCGCAGCUGGCUGCCGUGCGCGUGUGGCUGGGGUGGUUCGAGGCUGUCGUGACCCCCGGCUUCGCCAUCUUCACCGCGUCAUGGUAUCUCCGGACGGAGCAGAGUCUGCGGCAGGGCCUGUACUAUGCUAUGAACUCGUUCUUCGCCAUGGUCUUCGGCGUCGGGAUAUACUACAUCGCGGACGGGCAGGCGCGGCGCGGCGGCCUCGCUGCGUGGCGCGUCAUCAACCUCUUCCUCGGCGCAAUUACCGUCGGCAUGGGCUUCGUGUUCCUCGUGUUUGGCGGCACGCCGGACGAGGUGUGGUGGCUCAGCAAGCGCGAGAAGCGGAUGGCGAAGGCGCGUAUCGUCGAAAAUGCUACUGGAUCAGGCGAGCAGGCGCCCUGGCGCUGGGAGCAGGUCCGCGAGUGCCUCGUCGACCCCCAGUACUGGUAUGCCGCGCUCUUCAACCUCCUCGGCAACAUCCCUAAUGGCGCGCUCACGACUUUCCAGAACCUCAUAUACAAGGGCUUCGGGUUCGACUCGCUCGAGACCGUCCUCUACUCGCUGCCAAUGUACGCCGUAACGUGUUGCUGCGUCAUCGCGUGCGCCAUCACGGUGCGCUACUUCCCCCGUGCGCGCUUUCCCCUCGUCCUCCUCGUGCAGGCUAUGUGUGUAUUUGUGCUCCUCUUCGCUGGGCUGGCACCAGUUGGAAAGUGGGCCAAGUGGGGUGUGUGGAUGUUCUCUCUGGUGUACUCGAUCGGCUCGUUCAUCCUCGCUUGGCCCAUGAUUAGUGUCAACGUCGCGGGUCGCACCAAGAAGUCGUUCUUCGGCGCCACCAGUCUUCUUGUAUACUGCGUGGGCAAUAUUGUCGGCUCACAGGUCAUGCGGCCGUCAGACGCGCCAAAGUAUAUCAAGGGCCUAACGGUGUGUGCCGUCAUCCUCAUCCUGUGCAUGGUCAACACGUGCGCAUGGUGGUGGCACUACGUCCGGCAGAACCGCAAGCGUGAGGCAGAGCUUGCCGAGUCGGGCUUGUCUGAGGAGGAGCGCAAGCACCAGAACUGGCUGGCGGGCGAGUCGGACCUUACCGACAUCCAGAACCGGCACUUCCGGUACAUGUGCUAAAGAGGGAGGGGUGUUUUGGGGAGCAACAGUAAGGAUGGCGUUGUUGCGUGAGAAGGUUGUUAGCGUUGGUGGAUGGUUGUUAGCGCCGGUAGACAGUUGUCAGUUGCGGAUGGAUCACGUUGCGAAGGG